CAUAAUUUUUUUCAACUGUCCCAAAAUAUUAACAAUAAAUACUCUUUCACGUUCUCUCAUUUCACAAUCAUCCCUCUGCUGUCAACUCACAACCAAAAGAGUGGUACUACUCUCUAUCAGCGACAUUGUCUUCUCUCUCCCUCUCUCUCUCACAUGGGUUGCUGCGUCAGCUCAGGCACCGCCGAUUGGACCAACGAGAACGUGUCCGACCAGAACACGACCAUUGUCGAAGAAGAAACGGUCGUCAAAGAAGUCUUGUCAGAGACAUCAUUUCACACUACUUCCUCUAAUGUCCAACACUCAGCCAUGGAUGAUCCGGUGAACAGGAAGAUCCGGGGAACAGAGGAGGAGAAACUCAAAGUUGCUCCGGACUCCGGAAUGACCCGACCCGGUUCAGUUGACCCUGAAGAAGGAUCGGAGGUAUCAGAGGUAUGUAGCUUGAGCUUGAGCGAGAGUGUUUCUUCAAUGGCUGUGAUGAAUGGGUACGGUGAGGCUGAGGCAGAAGUGAAGCAGAGGAAAUCUCAGAGAUCUCCUGCUAAAACUCGGACCCGGAUCACGGGUAAUAAUUAUCCGACCCGAAGAACCGAUCAGUCUCCUCGUAAGAGAAACAACGGAGCGUGUAAUACUGGAGCGAGAGUCGGGUCGGGUACAAGAGACCCGGGUGAGAGAUCCGGAAGAAGGUCGAGAUCACCGGCGAUGAAUAGAUCCGUGAUGGAUUCGAAUCAGAGUCGGGUGGGUGGGGCAAGGACUCGGAAGAAUAGCCAGUCUCCGGGUCGGGUUAGGUUAGAUGAUCCAAAUAAAAACGCGUCGGAUCAGCAACAGUAUCAAAACUACGGUUAUACCACUGAAGAGUUAUUAGAGAACCCGCUGGUUUCGUUAGAGUGUUUCAUAUUUCUCUAGUUUGAAGCUUGAUUGUAAUUCGUAAAGCUACUUACCUUAUAUCUGUAAUUUAUUUUUAUCAUCGAAUCUUUUCUAUUUAAAUACAAGUCACAAUCUCAAUUUAUUUUUAAUUUUUUAAGUUGGACUUUCUAUUAAACAUUUAUAAAUACUAGGGUUUGCCAAAGCUUUAC